AUGUCCCUCCAGCAGAACCAGCAGCAGUGCCAGCCUCCUCCCAAGUGCCCCUCACCCAAGAGCCCAGCACAGGGUCUGCCUGCGGCCUCUGGCUGCGCUGCGAGCUCCGGGGGCUGCGCUGGCCCCAGCUCUGAGGGCGGCUGCUUCCUGAGCCACCACAGGCACCACAGGUCCCACCGAUGCCGACGUCAGAGCUCCGACUCCUGUGAUGGUGGCCGUGGUCAGCAGUCUGGGGGCCCUGGCUGUGGCCACAGCCCUGGGGGCUGCUGCUGACCUGGAUCCUGAUGCCGAGACAAGGGAUUUCAGAGGAAAUGAGAAUCCAGAGUCCACGGAAGCCCCGUCCUGACGCACCUUUCCCAGACACCCUGCUCUGGCUCCCACAGGCUGGGCGGGGGGCUCCUGCCCAGGGUCCAAACUUCCCCAGAAGGUCUUUCUGUCUCAUGUCCAGGGUCUCACGAUCCCCCACCCUUCCCCUGCUGGGUACACUAAGGCUCUGCACUCAU